AUGCAAGGCUUCAAUAUGGGACGCUACGUCCCCCCGGACCAAGAAGGAGUCCUCUCAGGGAACCAAAUAGCCAAGAAACACCCUCUAGGAGCUCGAGCCCGGCACCCAGGCGCAUUAGUCGUCCGCUUCGAGAUGCCCUUUGCAGUCUGGUGCACGACAUGCAAACCACACGAAACGAUAAUCGGUCAAGGCGUGCGCUUCAACGCUGAGAAACGAAAAGUCGGGAAUUACUACUCCACGCCGAUCUACAGUUUUCGAAUGAAGCAUACGGUCUGUGGUGGGACGAUCGAGAUCAAGACGGAUCCCCAACACACGGCUUAUGUCGUUACUGAGGGUGGCAAGAAGCGGGAUACGGGCGAAGAUAAGGAGUUGCAACCUGGCGAAAUCGCUAUCAAGCCAUAUGCCUUGGGCCAGGACCCAGCGGAGAAAGAUCCUUUUUCAAAACUUGAGGGGAAGGUUGAAGAUAAGCGCCGUGCGAAGACGGAGGCUACGCGCAUUCUUGAGAUUCAGGAGCGUCAGAAUCGAGAUUGGGAGGAUCCAUAUGAGAAGUCAAUGCGGCUAAGGCGCACGUUCCGGCAGGAGCGCAAGGGUCUUGAGAAGGCUGAUGCGAGUCGGGAAGCUUUGAAGGAUAGGAUGAGUCUUGGGAUUGAUCUCAUGGAUGAAACUGAGUCGGAUCGACAAUUAGCUCAGAUGAUUGACUUUGGUGACGAUCAGACUGCUGUUGGGGCAAGUGCUGCUCGGGCGACUCGCAUUCGGCCCAUGUUUGCGCAGCGUGUUGCGAAAUCUACACCAAAGGCAGAUUCUCGGAAUCAGAAACCUCGACAUUCAAAACGGGCCAAAACAGUUGAUCAUGUUGCUUCUCGGAAGGCAGCUCUUCGCAGUGAAUUGAGCGGAAAUACACGCGCUACUGUCGAUCCUUUUUUAACUGAUGAUGCGGAUGAUCCCAGUGGGUGGCAGCCCGGGAAGAAGAGAAAGAGUGUCGCGCCUUCAACUGCAACACCUCGUUCGGAUAUUGUGAGCGUCAAAUCUACGCAUAUGCAGGAUAACCACAUUGCUAGCCCUAAGGACACGCCUUCUCUAGCAGUAACACCCCUGUUGGUCGACUAUGCUUCUGAUUCGGAUUGA